UAAUAAUUCAAUAUUAAUUAAGAAUAUUUAUGAAUCUCAGAUCUGCAAGAUUUGGAACAUGACCUUGAAAGUUUCUUCUCUUUUUUUUUUUUUUUUUUUCUUAGCUCUUAAUUCUCAGAUUUGAAAUAAGUGCAUGUUUGCUUGAUCUAUUGUUUCUUUUGAAUCGAUUUCUGUAGAUUGGAGGAUUUGUAAAGGGGGAUGUUCUGAAUUUACGCGGGCCAAAACAACCAAAUUCAAAUAAAGAUUUAGCGGUUAUUGACUUUUUGGAUUUUUUUUUUUGAAUUGGUUUCCGCGUCGUUGGUUUUGUCAGUUUUCGGGGCCAUGAAAUGGUGUGGAGCAAAUUUAUCUUGACAGUUUCUAAUUCACAUACAAGCUUCUGGUUUUGAUUUCCUCGAUAAUCCAUCUUCAGUGAACUUAGGGUUCAUUUCUCGCUUUUUUCCUUUCUUGAAUGCUUUCAUCAAGAAUCAGGUUUCUUGAUAAAUUGUCGUUGAAUGGGAGAAGCAGCAGUCUGCGUUGAGAUACCAGAAAAUGGGAUUAUGGGGAAUGGAAGCUCGCCGAGAAAUGAAUUGAAGCGAGACAGUCAGUUUUUGGCUGGAGAUAUCGAAGCUGACGCAUUUCCGAACAAAAAGCACACAAAAGAAGCUUCAAACGAUGACAUAAGAUCAGAAGUUUCAAACCCUCUUGUGUCCCCCAAAGGCACUGCAUCAAGUCUUCAAGAUAUCAGUAGCCAACCAGCACAAUUGACUAGUGCUGAUCAUGUGGUUUGCGGUGAGGUCUCUUCUACGAGCUUGAGGAGCUCAAGUUCAGAGGAGACACUGAGUGAUGGAGAGCGUAGUGGAAAUGAUCCUUCUAGGACUGAUAGUUCUCAGAUCGAGAAUUCAGGCGCUGUAUCAACGUCUCAAGUUGUAUUGGAAAUCCCUAAGCAUCUUAGUUCUUCUGGAAUCAGGAAAAUUACUUUCAAGUUUAGUAAGAGAAAGGAUGAUUUCAAUAAUCUCUUAUCUUCUUCGGUAUCUGAGCCUUUGAUGGACUCAUCUUCAUUUGGUACAAAUAGCGUAAAUAUAAAUACCUGUUUGAAAGGAUCACCUGAUUGGAGCAAUCGUCAUGCAUGUGCUCCCAACAUGGAAUUGAGGAUGUCCAAGAAGGUUAUUCUCAGGAACUAUCCUACCAAUGUUAAAAAGUUGUUAUCAACUGGUAUCCUAGAUGGAGCACGGGUGAAGUAUAUUUCAACUCCGCCAGUGAGAGAGCUUCAGGGGGUUAUUCAUGCGGGUGGAUACUUGUGUGGUUGUACAUCAUGCGGUUUUUCAAAAGUUCUGAGUGCCUAUGAGUUUGAGCAGCAUGCUGGUACUAAAACUAGACAUCCCAAUAAUCACAUAUAUUUGGAGAAUGGAAAACCAGUCUAUAAUAUUAUCCAAGAGUUAAAAACUGCUCCACUUGAUGCACUGGAUGAAGUGAUACGUAAUGUGGCUGGUUCAUCCCUCAAUGGGGAGAAUUUUCAAUUAUGGAAAGCUUGUUUUUGGCAAAGCAAUGGAAUGGCUGAAGCUGAUAGGAAUCAUAAAAUUGAGCAUCCGAGUACAUCUUCGCUUAUAAGGCCUAAUCCCUACAUCUCUAACUCAGUCGUGAAACAAAAGAAGACCACUGAAGGUGGCACGAAGAAAAGAGACAAUGAUUUACACCGCUUACUUUUCAUGCCAAAUGGACUCCCCGAUGGGACUGAAUUGGCUUAUUAUGUAAAAGGACAGCGAAUACUUGAAGGCUAUAAACAAGGAAAUGGCAUUUUCUGUAGUUGCUGUAAUAGAGAGAUUAGCCCUUCACAGUUUGAAGCUCAUGCUGGAAUGGCUGCCAGGAGACAACCCUACCGUCACAUCUACACAUCUACCGGAUUGACACUUCAUGAUAUAGCCACAUCAUUGGCAAAUGGGCAACAAAUCACUACUGGUGGUAGUGAUGACAUGUGCACAGUUUGUGGAGACGGUGGAGAUCUCCUCUUUUGUGGUGGUUGCCCUCGUGCGUUCCAUAAAGUGUGUUUGAAUCUAGAUUCCAUUCCCGAAGGCGAUUGGCACUGUACAAAUUGCAGGGAUAAAUCUGGCCCUGGCAGAAAAGCUUCUGCUGGAGAAUCUUCAAAUAUCGCCAGACCUAUUAUUAUACGACUGACGCGAGUUGUGAAGGCACCAGAAUCUGAAAUUGGUGGUUGUGUUGUUUGCAGGGCCCAUGACUUCAGUGUUGCAAAAUUUGAUGAUCGAACAGUUAUUCUUUGUGACCAGUGUGAGAAAGAGUACCAUGUUGGGUGCUUGCGGGACAGUGGACUCUGCGAUUUGAAAGAAAUUCCCCGUGAAAAGUGGUUCUGUUGUGAUGGGUGCAGCAGGAUUCAUGUGUUUCUUCAGAGUUCUGUUUCAACUGGAGCACAGCUAAUUCCUACUUCCCUGUCAGACAUUAUAAGCAGGAAGCACAAAGAAAAAGGAUUAUUUAUUGAUGGAGUGGCCAAUUGUAUUCAGUGGCGUAUUCUUAGUGGAAAAAGCCGUUAUCCAGAACAUCUGCCAUUACUUUCAAGGGCAGCUGCAAUAUUUCGAGAAUGUUUUGAUCCUAUUGUUGCGAAAUCUGGUCGGGAUCUCAUUCCAGUUAUGGUCUAUGGGAGAAAUAUAUCUGGCCAGGAAUUUGGGGGCAUGUAUUGUGUGGUUUUGACAGUGAAUUCUGUUGUUGUAUCGGCUGGACUUCUUAGAAUUUUUGGUCAUGAGGUUGCUGAACUUCCUCUAGUUGCUACAAGUCGAGAACAUCAAGGACAGGGCUACUUCCAAGUGUUAUUCUCAUGUAUCGAGACAUUACUGAGUUCCUUGAAUGUUGAAAACCUGGUACUUCCGGCAGCUGAGGAGGCUGAGUCUAUCUGGACAAAGAAAUUUGGCUUCAGAAAGAUGACUGAAGGACAAUUGCUGAGGUACCAAAGAGAGCUGCAACUGACAAUUUUUAAGGGAACAUCUAUGCUAGAGAAGAAGGUGCAGCAGAUACCGGAACAGCCUGAAUAAUUCAUAGUAACAAAUCAGUUGCAUCACAGGAUUCUUAUUGGAAUCACAAAAUGGUUUGGAAGUUUUGGUAGCAAGUCGUAUCAUAUAGUUGCCUGUUCUAAUUUUCCUUCUCUUUGAGCAGUAUCUGUAAAGAGAUCACUGCAUGCUGACCUUUUAUUAUGCAUGCAUGUGCGAGAGUAAUUCUUUGAUUGUAUUGCUAUGUGGCUUAAGUAUGUAGAAAAGAAAAGGCUUGCAACUGUUAGAAAGUUUAAAAAUUAGAUUUUGCUUCGAUUCAAAAGUUGAUGUCAGUGAUUGUAAGGGUUUGUUUUUUGGGUUUUUGCUCCGCAGGGUUACUAGGUUGAGAUGCCAUACAGAUGGGGUUUAUCAUUGUUAUAUAUGUGUAUAUAUUUUGAGAGGGAGGGAGUAGGAGUACAACCGAUAACUAGUCUUUUAUGGCUCUGUCUAACAUUUCAACAUACAGAUUUGUGAUCAAGAUGCAAGAUUUACAUUUCAACCGAUAACUAAAAGUCUGCCAAAUUUUCAACCGUUCAAGUGGUUGGAAUUUUAUGAGUA